UUUUUUAAUGUUUUGAAGCAAUAAUUGCCUCAGGUUUACUUCUGCUGCACCAACACCAGGGGGCACUAAUCAGCCGUAAAUAGGCAGCUGGCGACAGUAAGCUGUAAUUUCUUAGUUGUGUAGUAGCCUGAACUUAUCUGCUGGAUAUAAUUAAAGAAAAUAAAUAAAUUCAUAAAUGGAAAAAGCCCUACGUAAAUUUUCCGCGCACUACUUUUAGUGUCUGAAUGGAUGAAGGUGUAUAACAAAAGGAUCCCACUAGAACACCGCUGUGCCAUAAGUGCGCACUAAACUGUUCCUCUUGCUCACUGGAGCAAGAAUACCGUGGUAUUCAAACUGUAUUUGAAUACCACUCACAGCUUUGGUUUUCAGCCCCAAGCCCUUCCCUCAGAGCAGGAAGAAACACAAAGUUGGCACUUGGAAGAGACCUCUCUGCGUAAAAAGGAGCGAGCCUGGAUCGUGCGUUGCGCAGAAUCGCUGCUCGCUUACGAUUAAAUUUACAGAAGAGAGGCGCAUCUCCACCUCACAGGAUGCGAGAAUAGCGCGCUGAAUGGUGCUGCAUGGUUUUGGGCACCGAGGACGAAAAGUUGCGCAAAAAGCCCAGUCCUGCGCCAGGAGAAUCCCGCUGUUUUCAGUUAGGCGAGUGGCACGAUGUCGGCUCUACGGAGGAAAUUCGGCGAGGACUAUCAGGUGGUGAACACCAGCAGGAGCAUGACUUUUUCUGCGCCGGCGAAGAGGAAGCGGCAGCGCUUCGUGGAGAAGAACGGCCGCUGCAACGUCCAGCACGGUAACCUUGGCGGGGAGACCAGCAGGUACCUGUCUGACCUCUUCACCACGCUGGUGGAUCUCAAGUGGCGGUGGAACCUGCUCAUCUUCAUCCUCACCUACACGGUGGCGUGGCUGGUCAUGGCUUCUAUGUGGUGGGUGAUCGCGUAUAUCCGUGGGGAUCUGAGCACCACCGGCCACGACCCGUCCUACACGCCGUGCGUCGCCAACGUCUACAACUUUCCCUCCGCGUUCCUGUUCUUCAUCGAGACCGAGGCGACAAUCGGCUACGGCUCCCGCUACAUCACCGAAAAGUGCCCGGAGGGCAUCAUCCUCUUCCUCUUCCAGUCCCUGCUGGGCUCCAUCGUGGACGCCUUUCUCAUCGGCUGCAUGUUCAUCAAGAUGUCGCAGCCGAAGAAGCGCGCGGAGACGCUCAUGUUCAGCCAGGACGCGGUCAUUUCGCAGCGGGACGGAAAGUUGUGCCUCAUGUUUCGCGUGGGGAACCUGCGGAACAGCCACAUGGUCUCCGCGCAGAUCAGGUGCAAACUCAUCAAGUCUAGACAGACCCCAGAGGGAGAGUUUCUGCCUCUGGACCAGUGCGAGUUGGACGUGGGUUUUGGCACGGGAGCGGACCAGCUUUUCUUGGUGUCACCUCUCACCAUCUGCCAUGAGAUCAACACCAACAGCCCGUUCUUUGAUCUCUCCCAGCGCUCGCUCAUGAACGAGCAGUUUGAGAUAGUAGUUAUUCUAGAGGGCAUUGUGGAAACCACAGGUAUGACAUGCCAAGCAAGAACAUCUUACACGGAGGAUGAAGUGCUGUGGGGCCAUCGAUUCCUUCCUGUCAUGUCUCUAGAAGAAGGUUUCUUCAGAGUGGACUACUCCCAGUUCCACAACACCUUUGAGGUUCCCACGCCUCCCUACAGUGUCAAAGAGCAGGAGGAGAAAUCUUCUCUGACGUCCCCGAAUCCCGUAGCCAUUGCUCCCACUCUCCCCUCGCCUCUGCUGGGCAACAGAGUGGGCCGCCGGGAAAGGCUUCUCUCAGCCGACCAUGCGGAGAACCCGGAGGAUCAGGCCUCCAGGCUGCCCAGCAAGCUCCAGCGAAUGAGCUCCACCAAGGAGGAGCACCUAUGGAGGGCGCUGAAGACGGGAACGGCCUUGCCCGGUGGUAAAGCCUACAGCACCGGAGACCUUUCGCUCAGCAUCCAGCGGUUUAGGUCCAGCUCCAUCCCAGCUGUGAAGCAUGGACAGCCUGAGGAGCAAGUCAAGCUGCUAUCCCUUGAUCUUGAUGCUGAUGAGGGGGAUCCAGUGAAACACAGACAGCCAACAGCAAUUAGCACUAUCGGUGCUGCGACGCCAGCACCAGUCCCAUUCCCCUCGAUGGGGAGUCGGCCAGAGGACAAUCUACCCCCAAAACUGCGCAAAAUGAACGCUGACCGCUGAUAAAAACUCAAAAAAUCUCAAACAGGCUUCAAGGGCAUUGCAUAGAAACAGAGACUACUGUGACCUAGAUUCCCCCCUGCAGUUUUUGUUUUUUACUGUUCACUUAAUGCAAUCUCUUUACUAAGCUGUCGAUUGCUACAACUAGAACGAUGCCAAUAAGCCAUCCAUCCGCUCAAACUGUGAGUCAGUUUUGAUAGAUCACCAUCUGUGCCCCCCACAGACUUCUAACACUUAUCUGUGUGUGCUUGUUUUUUUUAAUUUCUACACAGUUACAUCACAUGUUCUCUGAUCUUCAUAAACUGCUGUAUGUUUUUCUAACUAAAAAAGCAACAAUGGGACGAAUAAAUAAAUAGAAAUUACUAUUUGCCACAUCUUCCCCCAAACCACUGCUUUAUCAGGCACAACUUAGGACAAAAAGGAACAUGACACAGUAUUGAAUAAGAAAAGUUUUUUUGUAAUUUUGUAAUAAUAAUUUACUAUAAUAAUGUAGAUUAUUGUGGUGUAUAAUUUACACUAUGAUUUAAUAGCGUAAAUUAUAGUGUAAAUUUACACUAGUUUAUAGUGUACAUUAUACACUACAAGCUAGUGUAUAAAUUAUUUGCAGUUGUUUUUUAUAUUACCUGGCUUUCUUUGUUUUGUUUUUUUUGUAUUUAGCCAUUAGCUUUGGCUAACUCAGGAUAUGUAGCCAUUACUAGUUGAACUCAUGACUAUUUAUGAGCUGCACAAGGAGAAACAAGGACUUUAUUGGCAAAUUGUUGGUUUAAUUACAAACUAGUGAUGAACAGGACUCAAUGUGCUUGAUCAGUUUGGUCUUUUCUACUUACUGGCCUGUGUAAAGGGCUAACAUUUGUGCUGAAUGGCUAAGCCUAAGUCUAUGUUUGCUAGUGUUAUGUUUAAAAUUCUUGCAGAAUACAAAGGUUCUAGCAUUUUCAGCUUUACUUCAAAAAUUAGAUUUAGCUAUUGCUUAAAACUCUGCAUGUGUCACUUAUUUCAUGAUCAUAACCUUGCAAUCUAAAACACAUAGCAUACGAAGGCUGCGUUUAUGCUAACAUUAGCAUAAAUAGCUCGAUACCAUAAAAUGGGUCCUAAAGGCUCAUCUUUUGUUUCAACACAUUGUGUGUCAUAAUGGGACUUUUUCUGUUUUUUUAACACUGUGAAAAUUACACCCUGAGUGGUUAUGACAUACCAUAAAACUCAUAGCUCAUAAACGCAUACCCUACUGUGACUCAGUGUGCACAAGUAAAUAAAACUUAAUGAAACCAGUCUGAGAACACACAUCACCCAAUCUUAAUGUAGGAAACAAAAAAUCAACUAGAAUCAAAUUGCAUUUUGUUUUAAAUAAGAAGAAAAUCAGCUUGCCAUAAUCGCCGCAAACUGCACAUGUGCCAUGUAUCCUGAUGCUACAUUGACUGAGUUGUGGUGUGACGGAUUCAUUAAGUUUACUAAAUCAGAUCAUUUUACAGCUCCAGACCUUUAGGUUUCUUUAGGCAAGAAACCUAAAGAAAAACAAUAUGGAUAUGGUGAACGCAUUGGGGUACAAUACUCAUUGUUAAUAUAAAGAUAUUGUAAGCAACCACUGCACAUUUAUCAAUGGUGGACAUAAUUUAUACUUGGGACUUACAUCUUCUGAGUUCCAUUUCAGAAAAAUUACUUGAAACGCCCAAUGAACUGGGAAUUGUGAUUUGGAAUAUUUGACUUGCAGUCACAAAAAAUGGCUGCCACACAAAAAGUAUAGUGAACUUUGCACAAAUAAACAGUUUGAUUUUUGUUUAUUGUAUCUCAAUAAUCCAGUGGCAUUAAUGUACACCCUCCGUUUGUGAACAUGUUCUUUUAGAAUAUGAAUGCACAGGCUGUAAAAUGGAGAGGAAUACAAUAUUAUUGUUGUGUCUUGCUAAUAGUCGUUAGUCUUGUCAUAAAAUGAAAGCUAAAUGUAUAUAAAAUAUAUUCUUUAAUGGAGAGUUUAUUUUGUCAGUCAGCUUUAAUUAAUUUAUUUAUUUA